UCAUCAAAUCUCAUAUUCUUCAUCGACAACUUUCACAAAGCAAUUAUCUAUUUACACAACAAAAAACAAAGCAAGAGUUUUUGCGAUUAAGAAAAAUAAACACAGAGAAAAGAUGAGUUCAAGGAGCAAAGCAUGGUUAGUGGCAGCAACUAUUGGAGCUGUGGAGGCCUCCAAAGACCAAUUAGGUCUAUGCAGGUGGAAUUACAUGAUCCGAUCGGUGAAUCAACGUAUCCGAAAUAAUGUGAGAUCUGCUACUCAGGCGAACAGGUUCUCUUCUUCGUCCACCACCGUCGUGUCUUCCGGUAAAGAUGGUGACAAGGCCAAGCAAGCUGAGGACUCUCUCAGGACAGUCAUGUACUUGAGCUGUUGGGGUCCUAAUUGAUGAAGACAGAUCUAAGACUUUUAUUAUAUUUGCCAUCGAUUGGAUCCGACAGGUUGUGUCUAUGUCGGUGAAAUCGAAAGCCUAAGAACCUUAAACAGAGACGCUAUGAGUCUUGGGUUUUUUGAUGGAUUGUUUCGGGAUACAAUUAAUAACGGAUUCGAAUUGUACAGGAUGUAGAGAUGAAUAUAAAUGUUUAUGUUAAUGUUAGUGGAAAUAUUAGAAGCUUCCGUGAUCCA